AUGGCUUCCUACUUUCUGCCGUGCAACCAUCUGGGAGCAGGCACCAGGACCGGGAGCCUUGAGUCGGCACGAGGAUCGCGGAAGGGGGACACGCUCGACCCUUUUCGUUUCGCGUUCACGGAGCAGCAGGUGAUGGAGUCGGUGACUAGAGAGCUCAGGGACCUACUUUUCCUGAGUUAUGCAGAUGAUACCUAUAUCUUGGGACCAGCGGCUGAAAUUCUAAAGGCUUUUGGGGCACUGCGGGAACAGUUGGAGUGGGUGGGGCUGGAGGUGCAGGCGCACAAGGGCCGGUUUUGGGAGCGCGAAGGUGGGGAUGUGGUGCGGGCACUGCCAUUGGGGAUGCAGCAGGUGGAGGAGGGUCUCACUGUGGUGGGUGUGCCUAUUGGGGAGGAGGAUUGGGAGGUGGCCCGGUUACGGGAGCAGCUUCGACAGUUGCAGGCACCAUUGCUAUGGCUCCCCCUGUUCGACCACCCCCAGAUGGCUUCACAUCUCCUCGCCAUUGCAGUUUCAGCACAGCCGAUGUACCUGGCCCGGACUAUGCUGCCGCGUCCGGAGGUGGUGGAGGCCUUUAGGAAUUGGGAUAGCUGUUUGGAGGAUUGCUUUGAGCAGCUUUUCCCACCUAGCAUUUGGGAGCAGGCCCCCGACCGCUCUAGGCGCGCACGCAUGCAGCUGCAUCUCCCUGUGCGACUCGGAGGGUUUGGGAUCCGGGCGACGGCCUCUUUGAGUCCGCUGUCCAAUGUGUGCGGGUGGGCGCAGGCCGCGCGGGAUAUUGCACAGUUGGGGGUGGCGGCCGAGGAGGCGAUAUUUGCAGAAUACCUCACCACUUAG